CUUUUCUUUAGGUCUAGAAAGGCGCAGACACUCGUUUGACUUUAUGUUUUUUAGUGGUUUCUUUGUGAUGUUCAGUUAAUGUGUAUUUCUGUAUUGAAAGAAAAUAAAUAGUUCAAAUAUGAAAAGUAUUUUAUUUAGAUUUUUCGGUGGCCUUAGAAUUAGUCAUAAACAUAAAAAUAUAUUCGUUGUAAACUAUAGAUUAUUUUCAUCUGAACCUAGUUUAUGGAUAAAACCUGUGGUGAAGAAUGUUUAUCACAGAACUCAUACUUGUGGUGAAUUGAAUUCUUCUCAUGUCGGACAGAAUGUAACAUUGUGUGGCUGGCUUGAAUUUCAAAGACUAGAUCGUUUUGCAGUUUUAAGGGAUGGUUAUGGGUCUACACAAGUAAUUGUUCCUGAAAAUAGUCAUGAGAUAAUUAAAGAAUUGAGAAGAACUCCACUUGAAUCUGUUGUCACUGUAUCUGGAGUGGUAGAGAAAAGGCCAGAGUCACAAAUAAAGAAAGUGCCUACUGGAGAAAUAGAAGUUAUAGCCAAUGAUUUCAGUGUUAUUAACGCUGUUAGAAAAAAGUUGCCUUUUUCAAUUAGAAAUUAUAAUAAGGCCUCAGAAAAUCUUCGUAUAAAACAUCGAUAUUUAGAUAUAAGAUACCCAGAAAUGCAAAAAAAUUUACGAGAAAGAUCUAAACUCCUAAUGAAAAUGAGAAACUAUCUUAUUAAUAAAGAAAAUUUUGUUGAAGUUGAAACCCCUACUCUUUUCAGGAAAACACCAGGUGGUGCCCGAGAAUAUAUUGUUCCUACAAAGUGUGCCGGUGAAUUCUAUAGCCUGGUACAAAGUCCCCAACAGUUAAAACAACUUCUUAUGGUUGGAGGAAUUGAUAAAUAUUUCCAAAUAGCUAGAUGUUAUAGAGAUGAAGGUGCUCGACCCGAUCGUCAACCGGAAUUUACACAGUUAGACUUGGAAAUGUCAUUUUGUUCAGCAGAAAAUGUUAUGGAACUCAUUGAAAAAGUUUUAUUCUAUAGUUGGCCUCAACAGUUACAAAUUCCAUUUCCAAGAUUAUCUUAUUCUGAUGCAAUGAAGAUGUAUGGUACUGAUCAACCUGAUCUUUCAUUUAAAUGUCCUAUUUUUGAAGUUACUGAAGUUGAAACCUAUGAAAGAGAUUCUACAACUACUAAGGGAGUGAAAAUUCCACAGGCUGCAGAAUUUUUCAGUGGUGAAGUUAAAAAGGAAUUAUCUAAAAUUACUAAAGACAGUGCUGUGGAAGUUACUAUUUUGAAUUAUAAAAAGAAAAACUUUAAAAGUAAUGAAAAAUCAUUAUUGAAUUUUUGUAUUAAUCCUGAGAAGUUUAUAAGUAAUCAUUGUAUUGAAUCAGAAGAUCUUGUUUUCAUUGCUCGUGGUGAAGAGAAAAAAGUAUUACAACUCUUAGGAAAAUGUAGAGUGUGGUAUUUGAGAUGGCUCCGUUCUGAAGGUAUUACUGGACCUUGGGAAAGUGAUGACAAAGGAAAAUUUUUAUGGUUAACUGACUUUCCCUUGUUUGAAACUGCUGAAGAUGGAAGUUUAAACAGUGUUCAUCAUCCAUUCACAGCACCUCAUCCUGAUGAUCUAUCUCUCCUCCACACCAAUCCUUUGUUGGUACGUGGAUUGCACUAUGACUUAGUUUUAGAUGGUUAUGAAGUUGGUGGGGGAUCUAUGAGGAUCCAUUGUCCUGAUCUCCAAAAAAACAUUCUUUCUAUGUUAAACAUAUUUAGUAGUUCUCUUGGACAUCUUAUUGAUGCUUUAGAGAGUGGAGCCCCUCCUCAUGGUGGCAUUGCACUAGGAGUUGACCGAUUAGUGUCACUUAUGGUUGGUGCAAAAACAAUCAGAGAUGUGAUUGCAUUUCCAAAAACGACUGAUGGCCAUGAUCCUUUGUCAGGAGCUCCUUCUACUGUAUCAGAUGAAGACCUGGAUUAUUAUCAUAUCAAAAUUCAAUCCUCAAAGCCAGUAAAACUUUAAUUUAAAAGUUAGUAUACUAAGUUUACAGUUCAGAGAUUUAUUCUUUAUUUUCCUCUUUGAGCCAUUAUUAGUAUUGAGAGGUUCUGAUGCAGCACUUACAAUAAGAAAUAUGUUACUACUGUUAAAUAGAUUUUUAAAAUAAUUUCAAAUUCAAAUUUUGGUUAUUAAACCCAAGCAAUCAAUAACAAAUUUGUAACUAAAAUUAUGAUUAAUUUUAUAAUAUUUUAUGUAUUGCUGCUAGGAUAUUUUUCAGAAUUCCAUUUAAAAAAAAAAAAAAAACAAUAUGACUUAUUCAUAUCAUAUUGCUAAAAACUCUGAUUUGAUACAUAAUAAUCAUCAAAAAGCUCUAUGAAAUUUUGUAGUAUUUGCAAACUAACUUAGCAAGAAUAUUUACUAAGAGUUAUCUCUUAGUUGAGCAGUCAACGUGUCAGGCAAGUGUCAUAUUGUUUUUAGAAUCAUAUCUGAAUGUUUUUAUGUAAUCUUUACAGUUAGUCAAAACAGUCUUUAACAUCUAUUUUUUCUCAUUAAAGCUAACUUCAUUUUGUUUUAAUUAAUAUUUUUAUUCCAUCUAUAUGAAAUAGUAAUUCAUUCUAUGUAACAAUUUAUUUUAUUAGAAUCAAAAAUUACUAGAAUAUUUACAAUUUAUUUAUUAUAAAAUAAAAAAGUAUUCAUACAGUAACAUUUAAAACUGUUGUAUAGUAAUAUCAUUCUUUUUAUUACUUUGCUGUAAAAUAUAGUACAAAUAAUUUUUUCAUCCAUUAGACUAAAAUAUCUUAUAAUUUUCCUUCAGUUCUUCAGUUCCUUUACAGAUUCAUGAGAAUAGAAGAUCAACCAAAUUUAUGACCGAAUCGUCUCAAUAUAACUGAAAUUAAUCCACCGGCUUAAUGGAAAAUGGAAGUGUAGUUCCAUUUGUCUGGGAGAAGGGGGAGUGCUUUCAGGGUGAAGCCCCCCAAAAUGGUAGAAUGUUACCAUGUUUUAUGAAAAAUUAUUUAAAAAAUAUCUCUAAGUAUUAUUUUUCGUAUAAUUACAUUUAGUAGAACUUCAAGAAUCACUUAAACACCAUUUCAUAUAGGUAGUUAGUAUCUUUAUUUUUUUUCCAAUAUAAUUUUCGUUGUAUAUAUGGAAAAAAAAAAAGCUUUUGAGCUGAAGCUCCCCAAAAUUAAAUUCUGGAUUCUCCGCUAGUGAAUUAAACAUGGAGGAGACAGUGUGCGAUAUAGUGCAGUGAUUAUUACUGGAGUGCAGUAAUUCAUUGCCAGGUUAUUUGUGACAUUUUCAAUUCAAAAAGAUAUUUCAAUAUUGAAGCCACAUUUUUCCAAAAUAUUGAGGGUGGUAUUUCAUAUUCCUUUCAACUAGGUAACGAAAUGAAAAAUAAAUAAAAACAACUAAAAGAGUAUUAUAGUUUUCUGUGUAUUUUCCAAUCUCUCUCUCUCUCUCUCUCUCUCUCUCUCUCUCU